UCCAGACAGAACGUCCUUCUUAUCUGAGCAGGUCCAUUAAAUGCGUGAACAUGUAGGUGAACAUCAGGAUGUUCUCUCUUCUAUCUGAACCCAAAAGUUCUGAUUCUGAUGAAGUCGAUCAGAUUCUGGUUACUUAAACAGAACUUUGCUCCUCUGCUUGCAAUUUCUGAUGAGGAGGUGAAGAAGAAAUAUCACCCACACCUCCUCCCCCUCCCUGUGCCUCCCUGCACCAAUCAUAGCCCAGCAUCCAUGCUGUCCAAUCAGAGUGCGGCCUGGUGAUGUCAUGCAGCAGCUGUGGUGUGGUGCUGAUGCUGCUGAGCUGCAGAUCUUCAGAGGACAGAGACCAGAGCGGCGAGGCUGCAGGGAACAGGUUCUACCUCACCACAGUGUCUUUGACUGAGAGCAGCAGGAAGAUGACCCUCAGAGCCUACAGAGAGAAGAUGCGAGAGCUCCCCCUGGUGUCCGUUUUCUGCUCCUGCAUCUUUGCAGAACCCAGGGAACAAACAGCAAACAAGAAGGAAGGUGUGGUGGACUUGAAUCUGUGCAACAUCCGGGACAUGGAGGUCAUCGAGCUGAGCAAGCGAGCGAGCGGCCAGGCCUUUGAGGUCAUUCUGAAGCCGCCCACCUUCGAUGGCGCCCCCGAGCUGAGGGCCACCACACCUCCUCGUCAGAAACCAUCACUGGAGGAGAUCCAGAAGAAGCUGGACGCCGCUCAGGAAAGGAGGAAGUGUCACGAGGCGGAGCUGCUGAAGCAUCUGGCUGAGAGGAGGGAGCAUGAACGGGAAGUUGCUCAGAAAGCUUUGACCAAAGAGCGCCAGGAGCAUCGCAUCAACACCAAGCAGGCAGUGAUGCACCUGAACGCCUCGCAGGAGGACAAACACAGUGUGGAGGUGUCAUGAUGGCCUGAUCACAACACAAGCUGAACUUUAUUCAGAUGCCGAUUUUGAGGGCAGUUUACCCGACUGACGAGCUGGGAAACCGACGCUGCUAAUACUGGAAGCGUGACUGGAAGGGGUCAGAGCAGAACCAGAUAGAGUGGAGGACUGCUCCACCAGGACUCUGAAGAGAUGAACUUCUCAAUUUGAGAACCGCUGCAGAUUAAGCCAUCACUGGGUGGUUUUUCUGUGGCUUUUCUGUGCUUUGUUGCCAUGCCAACAGUGCCAAUGCCUUCACGUAUGACUGUGACUGAACAUGCAUCAACGAGAACCCAACACAUCUCGAAGGAAUCAGCAGCGCUGCCUGAGACUCUGCUGAAGAACAGAAGUUUUCUCACGCCCACCCAGACUUUCAUGUAUCAGUUUCAGAUGUUUCAGAUGAAAUCGAAAACACUGCUGUUCAAAUUCUGAUGAGUGGAACCGAACAAGGAUUCAAAGAGGUUAAACAUCUCCAAGAACAAAGAAAAGAACAUUCCCAUUUUCCUCGACACAGCAGAACAUGACCGAGGACAUCUGAAUCCGAGUCCGAGUGAAAGUAAGGCGGUGGUUCUGGUCCAGUCUGGGUUCAGGAUCUGCAGUUCUGUAGGUUUAGAGAAUCUCUGCAGAUGUGGCUUUCUCCUCUGCUUCUGCAGAAGGUCAGGAGAUGCUCCUGACUUCAGAUUGGCUGGUCUGUCUCCUGUUGCCUAGCAACUACAGCCUGCAGAUUCUGUUAGCUUAACAUUAUAUUCAGAGAUUAGUCCUAAAAAACCAAAGAGAUGAGGUGUGGGACAGAGACCCGAGUCACAGACAUCAGCAACUAGUCGCCCAACAGAGACCCGAGUCACCUCCUUGCUGCUCUAUUUAGAUUCUGCUGAAAUGAUUCAAGCAACAUUUAUUGUAUCUCCAUGAAAAUAUCCUGAUAUGAAUGAAUGAAUGAAUGAAUGAAUGAGUGAAUGAAUGAGUGAAUGAAUGAAUGAAUG